GUAGUAGCAGCAGUAGUGGGGAAUAAGGAGGACGAGCCAGUCAAAUCCUCUCUUCUAUGUGCGGGUUAUUUGUGUAUCGUUCCAGUCACGGUAUUGUGCCUUUUUUUUGUUAUUUACUGACUGACUGACUAAUGUUCUCAGAGCGGUUACAGAGUAUGUGGUCAGUUGGGGUGGCUGAGAACUGGUGAUUCGGGUUCGUGUAUUAAUUAGUUGAGUGUAACUAUUUAAACCUAGAAUUUGCUUAUACGUUUUGCAUAGCCUGUUAUUUUGCUGCUAAAAAUAGAUAUUGAAGUCGCCCAGUAUAAUUGUCUCGUUAUUGUUUUCAAGUCCCGACAAGACUCUGGAAAAGUCUUUUAAGAACUAGUCCUGGGUGGGAGGGCGGUAACUAGUUCCUACUAAGAUGGGUUUAGUCUUGGGAAGCAGCACUUCAAACCAUAGAAUCUCCAGUUUAUUGUUAUUUAAAUCAGGUCUUGGGGUAGUAAGCCAAGUUAUUUCUAAUGUAGGCACAUACCCCACCUCCCUUUCUGUUCCUAAGUGUUUUAUAUUGUACCCUUCUAUUUUGACCUCGUCGUCAGUCACCGUAUCAUCCUACCAGGAUUCAGAGAUGGAUAUAACUGCCGCCCUAGUUUGGUUAGCUAGAAUCCUAAUCUCUGCCAAUUUUGGAAAAAGUGAUCUUGCGUUGACACUAAUAAAGUGAAGGCCUGUUUUCAUAAAACAAUUAUAAUCAUCAAUAUAUGGCAAUGGGUCAUUUGUAUUAAAAUUAGGUAAAUCAAGUCAUCAUUGCUAAAGGCUAAUUGUGCCAAAGUGCAUUUGUUACACACAAAAUGAAUUCUGGCACCGUUACUAUAAUUGUACAUAAAUCCAUCAUGCACCCACCCCUUACACAUUUUACAUAACGUGCCUUUUCUGUUUUUCUUGCAUACUUUAGUACAGUGUAUGCAUCUGUUUGGUAGUGUUUGAGAUAAUAAUGGCUAUAUUGUCUCACAUUGACUUAGUAUGUGUGCAUUACAUAUGGAGUUAAGGUUAUUUCUAGCUACUAGACCGUCAUUAGCACCGUCAUUUAUCUGUCUGUUUUGCCUCUGCACAAUAGUUUGAGGUCCUGGAUUAAUUUGGAUAUCACCACUUAAGAGCGCUACAAUAAGAGCUGUGUGCCACUGUUUUUGUUUGGGUAUGCGGUGUUGCCAUACCUUGCGGCGAUAGUGACAUUUACUUUUCUGGUAGGAUGGCAACUGUUGGGCUUUUACUGUCCAGGUGCUAUUACUCCAUUCACCUUUUCCAACCCCCAUGACUGAUUUCUUUCUUCAUAGAAUUGCAGGAGAAAGAUAAAUAUAAUUAUGGCAGCCUGUACCCCCCUAAUGCCUGCCAUUUUCACUCUUCGCUCUUUUACUCAUAUACAACAAUAUUUAUUUCUCUUUUUCCCCUCACCUAGCAAACCCUAGUAUCUGCUUUAGCAAUCACCACUUAAUCACUAGUAAAUUUUCUACUUCAAAACCCUCUUCACUGCUCACUUUUCCCUUAACUUCACAAACCCCUUUCAGUUAACCCCUUAUUUCACACUCCCCUUCCCGCCUCGCUUCACAGUCCGGGUUCACCUAUUACACUUCUAACUCCUUUCCAUUCUGGCAGGACCAGAAAGUUUUAAUCAAUGUUUUUUUUUUUAUCCGUCCAAAUCCCCCUCAAUUCCAUUUAUCGGGGGUUGUCGUGUUGUUGACUCCUGACCUGGUCUUCUGUCUCAGCCAUUUUUAAAAGCAUUGAGGGAAAUAAAUGCCACUUACUGUCUGGCUUUCCUUGAGUUUUAUAGAUAGAUUUGUAGUUUUCUGCUAUGAUUCUCACUGUACACUGGUCAGCUGAAUAUAGGUCAGCUACUAAAACAUUGGUUGGUAUGGGUUUCACUGUGGUUGGUAUGGGUUUCACUGUGGUUGCUACAGUUGAAAGAACAUGUAAAGAACUGCAACAACCUCAGUGUAUACACACAGCUCGCGAUGCAGAACAGUUCCACAUUCUUAGGGUCUUUUUCACUAGGGAAGGAGGAAGGGCAGGUUAAAAAAUGAAGGAUCUUUUAAGGAAAAUCUUCAAGCAUUUGUAUUAGGAAAAAUAGCCGUAAUAAUAACAAUGAUGUUUACAUAAUUUAAUGGUCAUUUCGUUAUAUUUAUUGUCUGUUGUUUAAUAUCUUUUCUAUGCACCCUGUAUUAUUUCUGAAUAUGGUAUAAUAUAUUGUGAUGAAAUAUAAGCGUCUUAUUAACAUAAUUUAGUCCAGGGAUCUAGUACAAAUAUUAAAAUGUUGAGUGACGUGGCAUCUUGAUUGUGAAAGUCAUUGUGGUUAGACAAGGUAUCACCCGCUACAUCAGUUACACAAGAUAUUACCUGUAACAUCACAAGACAGCCACCAUAAAGACUUCCAAAUUUAACAAGUUUACCUACAGUGAUCUUGUCACAAUAAAAUCUUUACAGAACUCUUCGUAUGUCAUUUGAGCAAACCAUCAUAUGAUCAGUACCCGUGUCAGGGGAUAAUCCUGACGAAUAUACUACAAACAUCAGAUAGGCAAGAAGGGAUGCCAUACAACAUCAGCAGGAGUGGAUCACUUAAACGCUGUCAUGACAGCAGUCAGGAUGCCCGUGGCACCUAUGCCUGGCCCCAGGUGUCCCCUCGUACAGCCGAGCUUGCCAGGCAGUGGAAGGAUGCCCGUGGCACCUAUGCCUGGCCCCAGGUGUCCCCUCGUACAGCCGAGCUUGCCAGGCAGUGGAACGACUCCAUAGUUAAGAACUGUGCUGUAGGCGACGAAGAUGCCAACCAACCGCUUGAGAAGGAUUCUUCGCCUCCUGUUGUGGGUUAUCCUAUACAAAUUAACUUUCAGGAUGUUCAUAACAGAGGUGGUGACGCUGGAGACGGCGGCUGUAGGGAUGCAAGAAAUAGUGUCAACCCAGAAUUGUUAACCUUCCACCGCCAUACACCUGAAAUGGUAGAUAUUUUCAAGUCGUGCCAUCUGCAGCACGGAGCAAGACCAGUGAAGAUAGUACGAGCCAGCUACCAGUAUGCGUAUGAUGAGACUAACACAGAGUACCUCGACUGUGUCAACUCCAUGUCACAUGUUGGACACUGUCAUCCGGCUGUGGUUGAGGCAACGUCACUCGCGAUGGUCACAGAAGUCGCUAGCAGCGGAUGGGAGAUUGAUUUAGGUGAACCCAAGUACCCAAAAGAUCUUCGUCAAAUUCUGCCAGACCACUUAGAUACAUUCCUUUUCUGUAAUUCAGGGUCCGAGGCAGUUGAUCUUGCUUUACAACUAUCACGACUGUACACGUGUGGGACAGCUGUUAUAGUAGUGGACAACGCUUUCCAUGGGGCGCUUGAUUCUGUCCACCAACUGUCUCCUAAAAUCUACAAAUCUAAUAAUAUAUCAAAAGAAGAUUGGGUUCAUAGUGUGACUAUGCCUGAUCUUUACCGAGGACCAUACCAGAGUGACGAUCCCUUAGCUGUUGAAAAAUACGUUGCUGAUGCCAAAGAUGUAAUUAACAAAGCCCGAGACGGUGGAAGAAAGCUUGCAUGCUUCAUUGCGGAGCCCAUGUUAACAGUACCUGGUUGCAUUGACCCUCCCAGCACCUGGCUUCAAGAGCUCUACAAGAUGGUGCGAGCGUUUGGUGGACUUUGCAUAGCUGAUGAAGUACAGACAAGCCUUGGGCGUAUUGGUUCACAUUACUGGUCAUUCCAAGCCCAAGAUGUCAAACCGGAUAUAGUCAUCAUUGGAAAGUCACUCGGUAAAUGUUAAA